CUCCCAGAUUGGUACAUCCCACGUCUGUCACAGACGACUACGGGUGCUUGGAAGGCCCUGUCCCCUCCGUCCCCUCGGCGAGCGCGUUCCCUCCCUUUUCCCUCAGCUGGUCUCGUCAGCGCUGCCAGCGUGGAGCCGGCUGGCCGGCCGAGAAGCCGGAAGUGCCCGGAGGGGAGGAGUCGCACCCAAGAACUCGCCUGGCCAUGGAGAGCUCCCUGGAGAAGAUGGUUGACCCUACCUUAGCAGAAAUGGGAAAGAAUCUUAAUGAGGCCAUGAAGAUGCUAGAAGAUAAUCAAAGAAAAAUGGAGGAAGAAAAUGAAAAGAAGUAUGUAAGGAACGAUAUUCCUGGACCACUCCAGGGGAGUGGGCAAGAUAUGGUGAGCGUUCUCCAAUUAGUACAGAACCUCAUGCAUGGAGAGGAGGAAGAUGAGUCAUCACAGUCUUACCGACUUCAGAAUGUUGGAGAACAGGGUCACAUGGCUUUGCUGGGACAUAGUCUAGCAGCUUAUAUUUCAGUGCUGAACAGGGAACGGCUGAGAAAUCUUACAACUAGAAUCCUUUCGGACACCACUCUCUGGCUUUGCAGACUUUUCAGGUACGAAAAUGGGUCAGCUUAUUACCAUGAAGAUGAUCGUGAAGGUCUCUUAAAAGUCUGUAGGCUUGUUAUUCACUCUUGCUAUGAAGACUACACAGUAGAAGGAUUCAAUGUGUUAUAUAAUAAGCAGCCUGUUAUAUACAUUAGUUCUGCAGCCAGAACAGGCUUGGGCCAAACUCUCUGCAAUCAGCUUGGGUUGCCCCUUUCAUGCAUGUGCCGCGUGCCUUGUAACACCAUGUUUGGAUCCCAACAUCAGAUGGAUGUUGCUUUAUUGGAUAGACUAAUUAAAGAUGAUAUUAACUCUGGAAAGCUGCCACUAUUACUAGUGGCGAAUGCUGGUACACCAGGAGCAGGUCAUACAGACAAGCUUGGGCGACUGAAAGAACUUUGUGAGCAGUAUAACAUGUGGCUACAUGUAGAAGGAGUGAAUUUGGCAACUUUGGCUUUAGGUUAUGUCUCCUCUUCAGUGCUGGCUGCAACAAAAUGUGACAGCAUGACUCUUACUCUGGGUUCCUGGUUGGGUCUCCCAGCAGUACCUGCAGUGACACUCUACAGACAUGAGGAUCCUUCUUUGUCCUUAGCUGCAGGCCUGACAUCAAGUCAGCCAGUAGAGAAACUCCGUGCCCUGCCCCUGUGGCUAUCCUUGCAGUACCUGGGACACGAUGGGAUUGUACAGAGAAUAAAGCAUGCAUCUCAGCUGAGUCAGAGAUUGCUGGAAAACUUGAAGAACCUGGAUUUCAUUAAAACUUCGGUUGAAGAUGAACUUAGCUCUCCUGUAGUGGUAUUCAAGUUUUCCCCAGAACUUCAAAAUAUAGAUCAGAUGCUACAUGCUGGACCAGCAUCUAUAAUUCAACCCCCUAUAACCAGCAAUGAGAGACACAUUUGUGACACCUUCAAUCAGUGGCUAGGUGAACAGUUGGCACAGUUAGUGCCUGCCAGUGGAGUUGAUGUGGUAGAACUAGAAGAUGAAGGCACAUGUGUACGUUUUAGCCCAUUAAUGACUUCUGCAGUUUUAGGAACUGAAGUACAAGAUGUAGAUCAGUUGGUGGACUGCUUGAAAAUGAAGAUACCAAUACUGACAUGCACACUGCAGCUAAGAGAAGAAUUUGAGCAAGAAGUGAAAAGAACAGUAGGCUUGUCAUAUAUUGAAGACCUCAGCUGGCCAGGACUAGGUGUUGUAAGGUAUGAGUAUAACAGUGAUAGGAAGAAUGAUGACAAACAAGAGAAAGAAGCGGAGAAAAUUAACACUGGACUUUUGAAAAAAUUAAAUGAACUGGAAUCGGAUCUCACUUUUUCUUUGGGCCCAGAAUUUGGCGGGGAGAAGAACUGUGUGUAUAUCGGCAUGGUAACUGAAGAUCUGGAUGUGUCUGAGCUGGUAGAAACUAUUGCGGCAACAGGCAGAGAAAUUGAAGAAAAUUCUAGACUGCUGGAAAACAUGACUGAAGUCGUUAGAAAGGGGAUACAGGAAGCGCAGGUUCAGCUUCAGAAAGCAAAUGAAGAAAGACUUCUUGAAGAGGGCCUGCUACGACAGAUUCCAGUAGUUGGCUCUGUGCUGAACUGGUUUUCUCCAUUUCAAGCAUCACCAAAGGGAAGAACAUUUAACUUAACAGCAGGCUCUCUAGAGUCCACAGAACCCACAUAUGUAUCAAAAGCGCAGGGGACUGGGACCACCCCACCCCCCACUCCGACUCCCAGUCGCAUUAAACAAAGACUUCCUGGUCAAAAGCUUUUUAAAAGAUCUUUAAGAAGCUCUGAUGGAUUUAGUGAGACCAGUUCAGUUAGUCACACUGAUGACUUGGAAAAGAUGGAGCAACGAUCCCAUUCUGUGUCUACUGUACAAGAGCAAGGGACUGUGGAGACAGAGAAAGCAGAGCAGCAGAAUGAGAUAGCACAGGUAACAAAUGACAAAACUGAAGACCUGCAAAGUGACAAAUCACAACAAUCAGGAAAUGACUGCACUAAAGUAGAGGAACAAGAAAGUCUAAGAUAAAAACCAGAUUUUGUGAAUGAAGACUUUGUAUAAUAACCACAUUCCCUGUAUGGCAGGGAAGUUUAUGAUGUAUUCAAAAUGUGAACAGUGCCACACGUUAGUACAGUAACUACUACUGUAAUUCACAAGUAACAGGGAUUUUGCACAAAAGCAAGUUAAAAACAAAGCUUUUUCCCCUAGGGGCCAGUUAACUUGUUUUAUUGUACACUUAGGACAAUUGUUUCAAUCCUAUAUACAUUAUCUCCAAAGUAAUAUUAAAAUACCUGAUUUAUUUUAAUGGCUUAUAAACACUUGCCUGAAGGAAUGUUUUUUGGCAAAAGUGACAGUUAUUGUAUGAAUCCAGGUGGCAUUAUAGUGCUUAAUGAGUUGAUCAUACAUUUGCGUUAAGGUUAAGCACCUGGUGAUAUUUGUAAAGUGGUCCUAAUUUAAAAAUAUUCAAUAAACCUACUAGUUGCUCA